UUAUAGUAGGCAUCGAAAAUGCCGGUGGAGAGUUCGUGAAAAACUCUCUCUCUCUUCUUUCUCUCUCUUCAAAUUCCAUUUUUUUUUUUCAGAUCUUCACUUCCCACGCAAAGGAGAAAACACACAUCCCACAUGCUCCAUUCUCUCUCUCUUGUUUCUCUCUCUACAAAAUAAAGCAAAGUGUUAUGCUUUUCAGUAGUAUCACAAAAAUAUAAAUCUGAAUCUACUUAAUUGGGCUUAUUCGUUAUUGUAGAUCUGCAAAAUUGUGUUGAUAUUUGUGUUAUAUAUUGUUAAGGAAAAAAAAAAAAUCCUGCCCCUCUCUGUUAAACGAGUUGGGUAGGUGAUUUGAUUUUGAUAUUUUGGAUUAUUAAUAAUUGUUGUUAUAAUAUAUAGUUGUUAUUGUUAAGUAUGGAGAGCGAGAAGAAAUCGUCUCAUGUAUCGGAUAUGGGAGCAUGGGCGAUGAAUGUUGUUAGUUCGGUGGGUAUUAUUAUGGCUAAUAAGCAGCUUAUGUCGGCCAAUGGUUAUGCAUUCACUUUUGCUACAACAUUGACUGGGUUCCACUUUGCUGUGACUGCACUUGUUGGGAUGGUGUCAAAUGCCACGGGGCUUUCCUCAUCAAAGCACGUACCUUUGUGGGAACUUAUCUGGUUCUCAGUUGUUGCAAACAUGUCUAUCACAGGGAUGAACUUAAGUCUCAUGCUCAAUUCAGUCGGAUUUUACCAAAUCUCAAAGUUGAGCAUGAUUCCAGUGGUUUGCAUUAUGGAAUGGAUCCUUCAUAAUAAACGUUACUCGAAGGAGGUUAAAAUGUCUGUUGUGGUUGUCGUUAUCGGCGUGGGUGUUUGCACAGUAACUGAUGUCAAGGUUAACGCCAAAGGUUUUAUUUGUGCUUGUGUUGCAGUUCUGUCAACAUCAUUGCAACAGAUUUCAAUAGGCUCUUUGCAGAAAAAGUACUCAAUUGGAUCCUUUGAAUUAUUGAGUAAAACUGCUCCGAUUCAAGCUUGCUCCCUCCUUGUGCUGGGUCCUUUUUGCGACUACUAUCUUAGUGGAAAUCUAUUACUAGACUACAAGUAUUCUUAUGGUGCCAUUUUCUUUAUACUCCUGUCGUGUUCAUUAGCUGUGUUCUGCAAUGUGAGUCAGUAUCUCUGCAUCGGGCGAUUCUCUGCAGUUUCCUUCCAGGUUCUAGGCCACAUGAAGACCGUGUGUGUCCUGACUUUAGGCUGGGUGCUCUUUGAAUCUGCGUUGACUUUUAAGAACAUAAUGGGAAUGCUCGUUGCAAUUGCGGGCAUGGUGAUCUAUAGUUGGGCCGUGGAGGUCGAAAAACAAACCAACACCAAGAGUCCACACGCUUCCAAAAACAGCUUGACAGAAGAAGAGCUGAAAUUAUUGAAGGAGGGAAUGGAGAAGGCCGACGUCGAAGUCGGUCAGUCCAAGGCCUAAAAUUUUUGAGGUCUCUUAUUUAGUAGCCAUCAUCACAUAUUAUAGCUUCUUUUGGAUCAAAUUUGCAUGUAGUUUAUUAUUUUUGUUGCAUUAUUUAUUGGACAUCCUUCCAUUUGGUCCCAAUUUGGUGACCUUGUCUUGUUUUUUUUUCUUCUUAAUAGUUACUGAAUGUUUUGUUCUUUGUCCAAGUCUACCACUACCAGGGUUCUUUUAUACCAUUUUUAGCUAAUGUUAUUUCACAUAAAUUUCAUUUUGUUUUUA